AUGGCAAAGAAUAGACUUGUAAUUUACAUCCUGGUUAUCACCUUACUCCUGGACCAGAUCACCAGCCACACGUCCAUGUUUAAAGCCAGGAGGCACAGUAAACGCCGAGCGAAAGAAAAGGAUGGAGACCUGAAGACUCAAGUGGAAAAGCUCUGGAGAGAAGUCAAUGCCCUGAAGGAAAUGCAAGCCCUGCAGACAGUCUGUCUCCGAGGCACAAAAUUUCACAAGAAGUGCUACCUUGCUUUGGAAGGCCUGAAGCACUUCCACGAAGCCAACGAAGACUGCAUUUCCAAGGGAGGGACGCUGGUUGUCCCCAGAAGCUCCGAUGAAAUCAAUGCCGUCCGAGACUACGGUAAAAGGAGCCUGCCGGGGGUCAAUGACUUUUGGCUGGGCAUCAACGACAUGGUCACAGAAGGCAAGUUUGUCGAUAUCAAUGGAGUCGCCAUCUCCUUCCUCAACUGGGACCAUGCACAGCCUAAUGGUGGCAAGCGGGAAAACUGUGUCCUCUUCUCUCAGUCAGCUCAGGGCAAAUGGAGUGACGAGGUCUGUCGUAGCAGCAAGAGGUACAUAUGUGAGUUCACCAUCCCCUAA